AGACUUCCCGUUUGUACAAAGAUGGCUGCCACAUCGGCGCUGUCAUUUUGGUACACAGAAGAGGGAAGCGCCUAAUCCGAUCCAGUUCAGGCCAGAGUCUUUUUCCUCUGGGACUUACUCGUGCUCAGUUAGUCCCUCGACCACACCUGGGGAGCCCCUGGCACCUCCUCUUCAUCCCUACACUCAGCCGGGGACCAUGUCUUGGGCCGCUCGCCCGCCCUUCCUCCCCGAGCGGCAUGCCGCAGGGCAGUGUGGGCCGGUGGGGGUGCGAAAAGAAAUGCAUUGUGGGGUCGCGUCCCGGUGGCGGCGGCGACGGCCCUGGCUGGAUCCGGCGGCGGCGGCGGCGGCGGCGGCGGCAGUAGCAGCCGGAGAACAACAAACCCCGGAGCCGGAGCCGGGGGAGGCUGGACGGGACGGGAUGGGCGACAGCGGGCGGGACUCCCGAAGCCCAGACAGCUCCUCCCCAGCCCCCCUUACACAGGGGCUCUCCCCCCCUUCUCCACCUGGGCCACCCCUCCCCGCUUCAGCGGCCCCAUCCCUUGGAGGCUCUGGGGCCCCACCCCCACCCCCGAUGCCACCCCCUCCACUGGGCUCCCCCUUCCCCGUCAUCAGUUCUUCCAUGGGGUCCCCUGGCCUGCCCCCUCCAGCUCCCCCAGGAUUCUCCGGGCCUGUCAGCAGCCCCCAGAUUAACUCAACAGUGUCGCUCCCUGGGGGUGGGGCUGGCCCCCCUGAAGAUGUGAAGCCACCCGUCUUAGGGGUCCGGGGCCUGCACUGUCCACCCCCUCCAGGUGGCCCUGGAGCUGGCAAACGGCUGUGUGCAAUCUGCGGGGACAGAAGUUCAGGCAAACACUACGGGGUCUACAGCUGUGAGGGCUGCAAGGGCUUCUUCAAGCGCACCAUCCGCAAGGACCUCACCUACUCGUGCCGCGACAACAAGGACUGCACGGUGGACAAGCGCCAGCGGAACCGCUGUCAGUACUGCCGCUACCAGAAAUGCCUGGCCACGGGCAUGAAGAGGGAGGCAGUACAAGAGGAGCGCCAGCGGGGCAAGGACAAGGAUGGGGAUGGGGAGGGGGCUGGGGGAGCCCCCGAGGAGAUGCCCGUGGACAGGAUCCUGGAGGCAGAGCUUGCUGUGGAGCAGAAGAGUGACCAGGGCGUUGAGGGCCCUGGGGGAACCGGGGGGAGCGGCAGCAGUCCAAAUGACCCCGUGACUAACAUCUGCCAGGCAGCUGACAAACAGCUGUUCACGCUGGUUGAAUGGGCGAAGAGGAUCCCACACUUUUCCUCCUUGCCUCUGGAUGACCAGGUCAUACUGCUGCGGGCAGGCUGGAACGAGCUCCUCAUUGCUUCUUUCUCCCACCGGUCCAUUGAUGUCCGAGACGGCAUCCUCCUCGCCACGGGUCUUCACGUGCAUCGCAACUCAGCCCAUUCUGCAGGCGUGGGAGCCAUCUUUGAUCGGUCCCUCUCCAGGGUGCUGACAGAGCUAGUGUCCAAAAUGCGUGACAUGAGGAUGGACAAGACAGAGCUUGGCUGCCUGAGGGCAAUCAUUCUGUUUAAUCCAGAUGCCAAGGGCCUCUCCAACCCCAGCGAGGUGGAGGUCCUACGGGAGAAGGUGUACGCCUCCUUGGAGACCUACUGCAAACAGAAGUACCCCGAGCAGCAGGGACGGUUUGCCAAGCUGCUGCUUCGUCUUCCUGCUCUCCGCUCCAUCGGCCUUAAGUGUCUAGAACAUCUGUUUUUCUUCAAGCUCAUUGGCGACACCCCCAUCGACACCUUCCUCAUGGAGAUGCUUGAAGCUCCCCACCAGCUGGCCUGAGCCCGGACCCAGACCCAGCACUCCUCGCCUGCGGCGUGCGCCGGGGGUGGGGCCAUGUUCCCAGAUGGAACCUCGGAGGGGUGAGGGGUGCUGAGCAGAACCGAGACCUGCGACAGGAUCCAUAAACCCUGCGAGGGUUUCCUUGGUGUCCCGUCGGAGGGGACCCCAGCUCCCUGUGGGGACUGGACGUCUCCCUUCAAUGGCCUUGAGUCUUCGAAGUUGUUAUGGUCUGCCAUGAUUUGGGGUGAUUUCUCACCUCCAUGUUCCCCAGCACAAAGCACUGGCCCUGCUCCUGGGACUGUCUCCUUGUCCCCUUGCCUCACUUUGUUCCCCGUGUGAAGAGUGGAAAUGGGGGUUGGGGGGCAGGCCCCCCAAGCUGAAGGGCAUGAGAGUAGGGCUGCGUCAGGCCUUCCUCUUCCUGGAGCUGCAGGUGGGGGCCUCUCUGGAAGAGGACGAGGGCCUGUCCCAGUUCUGCCAAGAGCCCCUUUCACACUUCAGCUCCUGAAGUCAGACUGAAAAAUCAAAAAGGUGGUGGUGGUUAAGGGGUUGGUGGAGAUGCAGAAACCGGUCUAUUUUUAAUUUCCUCUGAGGACAGAGACUUGUAGUCAGAUUCAAAGAAGUACUGUACUUGCCCAGGUUGACUAAGAAAUGCCAGUGGUGGCGGUGGGUGUUGGGGUCUGUGUCCUUGACUCCCCUGCUCCACGUCUUUCAGGCUAACUUGGGGAAGCGGCCUGGGCCAGCGGGGAUGGUUUGAGUGUGGUGCCUGGGCCCUUCUCUGCGGCUGUCCGGCCUGGGGCGACACGGCACAGGCUGAGCUCCCAGGCUCCUUGAGGGGAGGUGGGCAGCCUGCAGAGAGGGGGUGCUGGGGCUGCAUGACGCUUUGCCCUGCAUUUCAUCUCUUUGGGGUUUCUUUCCCCUCUUUCACUCACACAUAAAAUCGCUUUCAAAUUAAAAA